UGUGGGAGCUGAGAUGUAGAAGUGAAGAAUUCAUAUUUAUAGCUGCUAUUUAUAGAUGGUUUUGGGCUCCAUAAAUUGGAGCCAAACGUGCACUGAACCUAUUACCCAACAGAUAAAUUGAUCCAAAUUAUUUAGUAGAUUAAAGGAAGUGUGACUCGCGGGAAUAAGUGGCAGCUGAAAACCUUGCUUUAAUAUUAGUAUAGAUAGAUAGAUGGAUUUACAAACAACAUUGAUUUAUAAGUAUCUUAAAACCAUCCGAGAAAUCGCCUGAAAAUCCACUCCCAUAUGAUGCAGAAGCACCACCAUCAAUCCGAGAACUAGCCUCCAUCUCUCUUCCCCUGUCAUUACCUGAUUACCUCUCUGUCGCCUGCCCCCAAAUCUAAAACCCUAGGUGGCAACACAACAGCAAGCUCCGCACCGCUCUGCCUUGCUCUGCUCCGGUCGCCGGCGCCGCCACCCCUCCGCGAAGGCCAUCUGCUUCAUAUCUGAGAUUAUGUUACAUUUCAGCUGUUCAUCUUAUAUGUGCUGCUACAAGUUCUCUUACCUAUUCGAGUUUUUGCUUUAAGCUGUGGAAGUAAUGAUCGUAAUAAGAUGGGUUCUUUGGCUGCUUUGCAUUCAAUCAGCAGCGUUCGGGGCUGCCUUAUUAAAUAUCAGGAUGAAAUAAAAAAUUCAACGGUUAAGAAGCUCAGUGUUAGAGCUUCUGUUGCUACAUCAACGCCACAAAACUUUCAAGUUGAAGAAAAUAAAGCCAAUAUAUUGGAAAAGUUCCGAAUUGGUGUGCUUGGGGCGAGUGGCUACACUGGUUCUGAGAUAAUUAAGCUAUUGGCAAAUCAUCCGAACUAUCAAAUAAAACUGAUGACAGCAGACAGGAAAGCUGGCCAAUCCAUUGGAUCAGUGUUUCCUCAUUUGGUCAAGCAAGAUUUACCAAAUAUGGUUGCUGUUAAGGAUGCCGAUUUUUCGAAUGUGGAUGCUGUGUUCUGUUGUUUGCCUCAUGGCACAACUCAGGAAAUUAUCAAAAGCUUACCAAGUAGCUUGAAGAUUGUUGAUCUUUCUGCGGACUUUCGCCUUCGCAAUGUCAAUGAAUACGAGGAAUGGUAUGGUCAGCCUCAUAGGGCACAGGAACUACAGAAAGAAGCUGUAUAUGGCUUGACUGAGAUAUCUAGACCUGAGAUCCAAAAUGCACGCCUAGUUGCGAAUCCUGGCUGCUAUCCAACUUCUAUUCAGCUUCCGCUCAUCCCAUUGAUAAAGGCUAAUCUCAUUCAAGUUAAAAACAUUAUUAUAGACUCAAAAUCUGGUGUUAGUGGAGCAGGUCGGGGAGCUAAGGAGGCCAAUUUGUACACAGAAAUAGCAGAAGGAAUACAUUCUUAUGGUGUAACCAGGCACCGUCAUGUGCCAGAAAUUGAGCAAGGACUAUCAGAGGCUGCAAAAUCGAAAGUUACUGUCAGCUUCACCCCACACUUGAUGCCCAUGAGCCGUGGUAUGCAGUCAACUAUUUAUGUGGAAAUGACCUCUGGAACAUCUAUUGAAGAUUUACGACAACAUUUACAACACUUUUAUGAGAAAGAAGAAUUUGUCAUAUUGUUGGAAGAUGGCCAGAUUCCCCACACCCGACAUGUUAGAGGAUCCAACUAUUGCUUGAUGAAUGUAUUUGCAGACCGAAUCCCAGGAAGAGCAAUAAUCAUCUCAGUUAUUGAUAACUUAGUCAAAGGAGCAUCAGGUCAGGCUCUACAGAAUCUGAACUUGAUGAUGGGAAUUGCAGAGGAUAUGGGACUCCUUUCACCACCCUUGUUUCCAUAGAAUGUUGAAAUACUCGAAGCUCCAACGGAGAUAGCAAAACAUUUGUUUGUAGCAAGUUGAAUAUUAGUUGUUUCUGCAGGUGGUUUGUAUUUGAUAUCGUGACAGGAAGAUCAGUAAAAAUAGUUUGUUGUUUUUGCGGUAAACCCAAUUUUGCUAGAAAAUAAAAAAUAUUUCCUGUUGCUGUCA